AUGUCUCAUAUGAAAGCCGUAGGUUUCAAGGGUGAGAAGAUUGUGAUUACUAGCACCACAACCCCUCCAGCUCAGCUAUCCCGCCACCUGCUCACGGCCAAUCUACCUUGGCUCACCAACUCCUUCUACAAUACAGGUUUCGAUCAUUUGGCAAAGAAACUCCGCAAUUGGUCGUAUGACAACUGGACCAGCCGUUUUCGAUCGCGCGCUGGAUUUCCUGCCUUUCGUCGUGAAGAAGCCGACCACGCCGACUUCACCUACCGGGACAGUGCAUUGUCUAUGCGCAGGUGGCUAAACAAACUCGCUGUUCCCAUCGAUCCAUCGUGGUCAAUCUACACGACAUAUCAUAUCGAAGUCAAGACGACCAAUAACAAUCACAAGGCGCCCUUUCGAAUCAGCGACAAUCAGCUGGAACUAGUAAGCUCUGAUUCUGGUCUUGUAGAGUUCCCUAUGGGAGUAUCGUCGUGCCACAAUUAA